AUGUCUGCUCAUGUUCCUGAAUCAGGGACAGUCCAGAUGAAUCAAAACAACAUUCCGUCGGUUAUGCCUGUGCUUCUGAAUGCAAGCACAGUAGAGAGUCCAGGUGUUCAAGAGCAGCCUGUUUUCAACAACGAUGCUGUUAAUGUUCAGGUUGAAUCGGACAUUGUAGACUCGAUGGUUUCUGCAGACACCUCGAGAGUGCUGCUGAUAUAUACUGGUGGAACCAUUGGCAUGCAGAAUUCUCAUCCGCAUGGCUAUCGACCAGUCAAGGGUUAUCUGACGCAGACGCUGGCUAAUAUGCUGAGAUUUCAUACUCAGACAGCAGAGGGUUGGGCUCAUCCUCACAACUAUGGCCACGGGGCUUCAACUCCCAUCCAUUCAGUGCCUCGAUUCACUAAUUUGGUUAAUGUGAUUCUCGAAGACUCGAAUGUUGGCAUGUCGACUGCCAACAGCAGCACCACAUCUAACCCUUCAAACACUCGUGUUGUCAAUGGUACGCCAGUUAAACAAAUUCAGCUGCCUGCUCUCAUCUCACCACCUUCUCUCUACGGUAAACGCAUCAAUUACUCCAUUCUCGAGUAUGAGCCUUUACUCGACUCUUCAAAUAUGACCAUGACCGAUUGGGUCAAGAUUGCUACAAAUAUCGAAGUCAACUAUCGUCUGUUUGACGCCUUCAUCAUCCUUCAUGGCACUGAUACCAUGGCUUACACGGCUUCUGCACUCAGUUUCAUGCUCGAGGAUCUUGGAAAAACUGUGAUUGUCACGGGCUCGCAGGUCCCAUUGGCCGAAGUGCGUAAUGAUGCUGUCGAUAAUUUGCUAGGUGCAUUAACAAUCGCUGGCCAUUUUGUCAUCCCAGAAGUUGGCCUGUUUUUCGAUAACAAAUUGUUUCGAGGAAACCGUUCUUCAAAAGUAAACGCUGUCGAUUUCAAUGCCUUUGAUUCUCCUAAUCUGCGUCCUUUAGUCAAUGUCGGCAUUAAUAUUGAUGUAUCGUGGGUGGAUAUUUGGAGGCCAAAACGAAUUGCUGAAUUUAGAACAUUCAAGGCCAUGAAUCCUUCGGUAGCAACGCUGCGACUAUUUCCUGGCAUUACUGAGGCAACUGUGCGUGCAUUUUUGUCACCUCCAAUUGCUGGCGUAGUUCUAGAAACUUAUGGAUCUGGAAAUGCACCAAGCAAUCGUCAUGAACUACUCAAGGCGUUCAAAGAGGCCUGCGAUAGAGGGCUUGUAACGGAUAUUUACGAAACAGGAAAGGCAUUGACUGCAAUUGGAAUCGUGCCAGGAGCUGACAUGACACCUGAAUGUGCUCUAACUAAACUAUCUUAUUUACUUGCCAAGUAUUCGGAUGUUCAUAUUCUGCGCAGAUUGAUGCGAAAAAGCUUAAGAGGAGAACUUACCAUUCCGGUGCGUCGUCAACGAUUCACUUAUUUUAUGCGUCCAAGUGGUUCAACUGCCAUCUCCAGCCACGGAAAUUCUAUUUCGUCCUUGCUUGCAAUGCUAGGUGUUCAUCGCCCAAUACAUUCGACAUCUCGCAGACCAAGUGAGCUUCUCGAACAGGAUUCUUAUUCAAGUAGUUUGGGCCAACAGUUUGGCGAAUCCGGUGCAGAAACGGAUGAUCCAGAAGCCUACUCUAGCAAUUUAGAGAAUGUGUUGGUUCCUCUCUUGCUUUGUCAGGCUGUACGCGCAGUUGAUCUAUCUGGAUUAACUACUGUUUUAAACGAGUAUGAGCAUAUGGUGAAUGUCCAAGACUAUGACGGACGUGGGCCAUUGCACGUUGCUGCGAGUGAUGGUCAGCGUGACUGUGUCGAAUUGCUUCUUCGUCAUGGUGCCAACGUUCAUUUGCGUGACAACUUUGGGCAUUCUGCCUUGUUUGAUUGUGUUUCAGGAGGUCAUGUCGAAGUGGCUUCACUACUAAGAAAAGCUGGCUCUCAUUUUUCCUUGGAAGAGGAAACUGACGUGACAUGGCUACUCUGCAAAUCUGUUGUCAAUGGUGAUGUUUCCCGAGUGCGUAUGCUAAUGGAAUGUGGCGCAGACAUGAAUAAACCUGUACAAGACGGUCGCACCGCUCUUCAUCUAGCGGUUUCUCAUAACCACAUUGCGCUCCUUCAGCUGAUCAUCCAUGCUGCGAGAGAGAUUCAACUUAGCCAACAUCUUGCUUCAUGUACUGUCCAGUCUCCUAUAUCUCCUGAUGUACCCCCUCUCAGCAUGCAUUCUAAUCUCAGCUUGUCCAACUUGAUGGACAUGUCGAGAGGGCUGUCCUCAUCGGCUCUGCCGCAUACUACAGGUGUAAACCUUGAACCGGUGGAUGGGUGGGGAAAUACUCCCUUGGAUGAUGCAGUGCGGUUGGGACGUGACGAGGCUGCAGCGAUUCUUCACGAUGCACUGAUACUGUCCAAAACGGACGAGUAA